UGGCCAAGUGCUGUUUGCUCGCAGAGGAGGGGACCAGGAAGUGAGUCUCCGUUAGAGAGAACGGUGGCGAAUUACUAAGGGAGAUCCAGUGUAGGAGAUGCGAGCAGUGUUGCGCCUGGCAGUAGUGGCUGUCCCUAUGGGUGUGCUGCUGUCCCGGACCAUGGCGUGGAUGUCCAGCGGCAAAACAAACCCAGAGCUCAUCAGCAGGCUAAGGGGUCAUGGGGUGAUUCGCAGUGACAGAGUGUUUGAUGCCAUGCUGGCUACUGACAGAGGUCUCUACACCAGGGACUAUCCAUACGCAGACUCUCCUCAGUCCAUAGGCUUCCGAGCGACCAUCAGUGCACCACACAUGCAUGCUCAUGCGUUGGAGCUGUUAAGCGACAAGCUAGUUGAAGGAGCAUCUGCACUGGAUGUAGGUUCAGGAAGUGGAUAUCUCACUGCAUGCUUUGCAAGAAUGACGGGACCCAGUGGCAGAGUGGUUGGUAUUGAACACAUCGACGAACUGGUUCAAAUGUCGGUGAAAAACGUGCAAGCUGAUGACCCAGAACUGUUGUCCUCUGGACGCAUCAAGCUUGUAGUGGGAGAUGGAAGACUUGGCUACCCAAAUGGAGCGCCAUACGAUGCCAUUCAUGUUGGAGCAGCUGCAGCUACUAUUCCCAAGGCUCUCUUGGAGCAGCUGAAGCCUGGUGGGCGGUUGGUUCUCCCAGUAGGCCCUGAUGGUGGCAGUCAGGUGCUAGAACAGUACGAUCGGCAGAGCGACGGCACCUUCCUCAAGAAAGCUUUGAUGGGAGUGGUCUAUGUCCCCCUGACUGACAAGAGGCGCCAGUGGCCAGGAGAUGAGCUCUGACUGCAGUGUGGUUGCCCCUGCAGGAGGUGGCGUUGGUGCUGCGUCUCUGGAGCCCUGUAACACUCCUCACAGUUUCACUUAGCUCCUGUCUUAACGACAUCCUGCUCCGCUGGGUUGUCACCUAGCAACAUACAAGGAGGAUCUUGCUGUGUUUGCUUGACCAGAUCAUCUUCCUGGAGAGCUAAACCACUGAGUGCUAAAGCAGCCGCCGCUCUACUGAUUACCCUGUUCCCAGGAUCCUUGAAGUCAGUGAUGUGAAGUUUAGCUAUGAUAUAUUUGCUAUGGCACUUUGAAAAGCGAGAGCAUGUGUUGUUAUGGAUGCUGGUGUGGAAUUCACAUACAUACUUAAUUUGUGUGUAAUCUUAAAUGAAUGAUUUGAGGUUGAAUGCAAUCAACAUAAAAACACUUGUUCGAGAACAAGUCAAGGAAUUUGAAGAACCAGUUAGAAAAAUAAUAUAUAUAUUUUUUUUUUUGUUAAGGAUGUUUCUUACUCUGUACUUACGCUGUAUGACAAAUAUAUCCCAUUUGUUAAUGUA